GGAGUCGGCCAGGGCUGUGCGUUCCCAAAAUAUGACCAGGGGUGCUUGGAUGUGUAGUCGGCAGUAUGAUGACGGCUUAAAAAUCUGGUUCGCACCCCGGGAGAACGAGAAACCCUUCACGGAUUCAGAGAGGGCUCAGAAAUGGCGACUGUCCCUGGCAUCGCUCUUGUUUUUCACGGUCCUGCUCUCUGAUCACUUGUGGUUCUGCGCCGAGGCCAAAUUCACGGGGACCGGAGAGAAGGAGCAGCCGCCGCCCGAGAAGCCGGAGCCCGCGGAGCCGGAGCUGCUGGCGGGCAUGGGGGAGCCGGCGCCCCCCGCGCCCCGGCUCCUCGCCCCCCCCUCGCCCUCCCUCCCGCCCUCCCCCGGCAGCAGCGGCGGCGGCAGCCGCGGCAGCGGCACCGAGCCCCGGCACGGCAAGGCUGCUUUCCUGGGGAACUCCACCGCCAGGCCCCUGGAGACGUGCCCGCCCCCGGGCUCCUCGUCCGGGCAGUGCUUCAGCGUGGGCGACGCGGAGGCGGUGUGCCAGCGGCGAGGGGGGUCGGGGCGGCCGCGGGGCACGGGGCAGAGCCCGGCGCCCGGCUGGGACCUGACGGAUUUUUACCUUUCCUUUUGUAAUUCCUACACACUUUGGGAGUUGUUCGCCGGGUUGUCCAAUCCGGACACUUUGAACUGCAGUCUGGAUGUGGUGCUGAAGGGGGAAGGCUCCUGCAGCCAGUGCGUCCAGGCUUACCAGCGCUACGACCAGCACGCUCAGGAGAAAUACGAAGAGUUUGAGGUUAUGCUCCAGAAAUAUUUACAGUCGGAUGAGUACUCGGUGAAAUCGUGUCCUGAGGAUUGUAAGACUGUCUACAAAGCCUGGCUCUGUUCCCAGUAUUUUGAAGUCACACAGUUUCACUGCAGCAACAGAAUUCCUUGCAAGCAAUACUGUUUGGAGGUUCAAACGAGGUGUCCCUUUAUAUUACCAGACAAUGAUGAUGUCAUCUAUGGAGGACUAUCAAGUUUCAUCUGUACAGGGCUCUAUGAAAACUAUCCAACCAAUGCAGAACCAGAAUGCUGUGAUGUCAGAUGGGGACUAUUAUCAGAUCAUCAACCCAAAGGGACUAUAAAAACAAGUGGCUCAACAAUGUGUCACAGGACAUCGCUCACAGUUUCAUCAGCAUCAAGACUGUGUAACAGCAGACUUAAACUGUGUGUUCUUGUAUUAAUUCUCUUACAUACAGUACUUACAGUCUCAGCAGCACAGAACUCAACAGGACUGGGCUUUGGAAGCAUAACAACUUUGGAAGAUAAUUCAGCCAAUGAGGAAUAAAAGAAAGGAUUCAUCUUACAUGAUAGAAACACAACAGGCCCAAAUUACUACUGUCAAAAAUAGCAAGGACUGAGUGCUUUACCCUCAGAGCUCUUCUUGAAUGACCUUUUGGGUAAAAUGAAAAGAAUGGGCCGCUACCUAAACAACAAGGACACACAAAUGCAGCUUUUUAUUGACUAAAAGGCUGUUUGGUGACUUAACUUUCUCACACCAUUUUAUACACUGUGUUUUAAUGUUUGGAGUUUCUUUUUUUGUUUGUUUGUUUUUUGCACUUGUUAAUACAGGAUUUUAUUUUUGGGACAGUUUCUCAAAGCUAAAUUAAGUCUUUUCUCUGUCGAUAUAUUUCUAGUCAUUGUGUGUGUUCAUCUGAUAGUUCUGUCUUUUAUGUCCUGUCAGUUUCUAUUAGAGGAAUGACUGCUAUGAUUUCAUGACAUAGCAAAAAAAAAAAAAAAAAAAAAAAAAA